AUGGCUCAGGCAUUGGUUGGAUUCCCAGCCAUGAGCAAAGGAGCAUCGUUGAUGGACUACGUUCGAGGCCCUCAUAAUCCCAGCUUUAGCCUCCUUGUGAGCCAUAGUGCCCUGGCUUGGGAGUGGCUUUCACCCCUUGCUUUCUUGAAGCCGCAGUGGAUAGGGGUCACCCUCCACCCUGACCGGCUGGAAUACAGCAAGGACGUGAGCAAUCACUCCUUAGCCGUGGGCCAGAAGGGCCAGUACUUCGUGUGCAAGUGCGGCGCCUGGACGUCGUGCUCCAAGGUGCAGCAGGGCCAGACACACUGCCAGCAGUGUGGCAAGAAGUGGCCUGCUCCCCCGGCUCCGGCUCGCCAGCAGCCCACGAGCCCGCAGAAGCACCCUAAGUCCCCGUCGUCUUCCCCCUCUCCCCAGCGCGAUCCCGAUCGCAAGGAAAGGCGCGAGGAAGAACGCCGCCUCAAACGUGCGGUCACGACCAUCUGGGAUCAAAUCCCGGAAGAGGCACGAUCGCGCCUCGUGCAAGCGGGAUGGAAAGGACCUCCCAAGCAGAAAGAUGCGGUCGAGUCCCAAACCGACCCUCUCCUGAGCCUGCUGGUGCAGCGCCAGGACGAGUUACCGGAGGACCUCACCAGGGCCAGCUCCCGUCUCCGAGUGCUGAUCCACAAGAAGAUCAAGCUGCUCGAGAGUAUAGAGGAGGCGAAGGAAUCCCUCCGCCUGCAGCUGCAGGAGCUCCAGGAGACGACUGAGAAGAUCCACGAGGCCGAGAACGCAGUGGAGAAGGCCAAGCUCGAGCUCACCAAGGCUGUGGGGACCCCCGCCGGGGUACAGGACGUGCCUGUCACUCCUGAGCCAAUGGAUGUGGAUGAGCUGGUCACCAUCCUUGGCUUGACUCUCUCGGACGAGCAGCAGGAGAAGCUGGCCGAGUACCGCGCCAAACCCCAGAAAGGCAGAGGCCUCCCGAGGUUGGGGUGCACGAGGGCGCCCCUGGGCGCCAAAGAAGUCGUACUCCUCCGAAGAACGGUGAAGGGAGUGGAGGUGGUUUUCCCACUCCAGCACCCGCCGAAGAGUGAGGCCAAAACACCCCUCAUGAUUUUGUUCAUCCGGCCCGUCGUAGCCGCCAGUUUUGCAAACGACAACCUGGUCUCCGAGUCCGACAAUGGGACCGUGGCAGCCACUCCCAGGGAGGAGUUUCCCACAACCGGCGACCCGGGCAAGCCGGAUCCGCAGAUCCAACGCGUGUUUUGGGCAACAUGGCAACCUCCUAAGGGUGACAGCCCUGCCAAGGCCCAGGAGCAGCUCCCAGCAGCUUCAGCACAGCCCUCACCGCUGCAGCCCAUUGCAGAGCGGCUCGCCCUCGCUUGCACUGAGGCGGAGAGCCUCGAGGAUGCCGAGGAGGCUAUCGUGGCUUUCGGCGAAGCUGUUGAGAUGGAACCUGAAGGUAGUCUUGCUUAUCGCCUUGGGUGGGACCUCCUCGAGGGCCUUCAAGGGUCGGGGUGGUUGGAUCCUUUAGCGGCCGCUUUCGCGCAUGACAUUGCCGCUCAGGGACCCAUCCAUAUCACCAGCGCCAACGUGACCACCUGGAAGAAGGAACUGCUCACUUGGCACCCAGCCACGAAGGGAAUCCUAGCACUGCAGGAGUUGCACCUCAACGCCGAAGGCCUCAAUCGUCCAAGUGCGGUUUCCCGCCGCCAAAGGGGUCAAGCCUGUGGUGGCAUGAUCACUGAGGAGGGCUGCGGCUACGUGGCGGUCGCCCUCCCUCGCCUGCGAUGGACCCUCCUGGUCGUCUGCGUGCGUCAGGCCGGCGCUCCGCGAAUUCCGCAACUGGAUGGUGGUUGGAGACUGGAACGAACCCUCCUCGCACCCGAGGGUCCGACCAUCAACACGGGCAACACCCUCGACUACGCCCUUUUGGCGAGGCAUUUCACCAGUGACGGAGGGAGAGGCACCAACAACCCCCUCCAGCACAAGCCCCUCAUGCAGCAAGACUGGUCCUACCCGUGGAGGGGCCACAUAGUUUUGGUGGGCAACAUGCCACCCGAGGCGGUGGAGGCGACCACCCUCCACCUCACACAGCAAGGGAGCACCAAAGCACCCGGGAAGGCUGAAACCGACGCGGUGGCCGAAUGGCUCGUGAUGGGCACCCGGCGGGGCAUGAGACCGCUUUUUCGCUGCCUUUCCAAAGCUGAGACCAACGUGGCGAGACCUUUCGCCGAGGUGGCAGCUGAGUCCCGGCCAUACGAGCGACUCAAGUACUGGGCCACUUUGUGGCAAGCCCGGGGAAGUCCAACCCCCUACUUCCCAGAGCUUCGCCGACAAGCCGUCGAGCAAGCCAAGCAGCUGCCCGCUGUCACGGGGCGACAAAUGUACCGGUACAUCCGUUCGAUGCCGUGCAAGGCCCCCGGGCUCGACGGAUGGGAUGUGCCUUUCCUGAAAUCCCUAUCCAUCGAGGAAGUUCAUACCCUCGCCGACCUAUGGAGAGAGGUAGAGUUGGAAGGCGUCAUCCCACACCAAGCAAACCGUGCUUCUUUGUGGUGGGAUUCGGCCCUGCCAUCCCGGAGCACCCACGAUGCAUCCCUGCGGCGCGCGUUUCUGUACGAGGCGUGCCGGGUCGACAAGGUGCACCGCUGCACCAUUUUCUUCAAUUUGAGCACAUUUUAUGAACGCGUGAGCCACGAAAAGCUGUGCGAAGAAGCAGCCCAUUGGGGCUUUCCGCCGCUUCUCCUCAACUUAGGGAUGCAAGCCUAUCGUGGCGGUCGCAUCGUGACUGCCGCAAGCCCAUCAGGGCUGCUUGUACAGGCACCCUGGUCGGAUUACGUAGGGUGUUGGGUGGACGACGUCUCGGCCGACGUCGUUCACAAGACUCCUGAGCGCGCCGCGGCCGGGAUCGUCACCCUUUUCCGUCGUCUCAACGACGCGUUGGAGGCUGAGGGCAAUGAGGUGUCUGCUUCAAAGACACACUUCAUGGCCAGCUCGCCGGAGGCGGAACGCGCACUCCGCCGAAAGCUGGGGAAGGGCGACCCCCCGGUGCGCCAAUUAACCACCAAGGACCUCGGCAUGGAAACUGCAGCCGGUCGGCGCCGCACAGCCUUCCAGUCGGCGGCGCGACGCCUCAAGGCCAACCGGCGUUUCGCGAAGCUCCAGUCUCUCCGCUUGCCGGCCCUCCGGGUCCGAUCCCGGCUUUUUUCCAUGAGCGUCAUGGCGUCCGGAUCUGAGGGGGUUUCGCCCAAGGUCAUGAAGAGCCUCCGCUUUCAGGCCGCGCAAGUGUCUAGGACCAGGAGGGUGAUGACUGGCAGUGUGGAGGUUGCGCUCGAGCUUGGAGGCCCACCAACAAAAGACUCGCGCACCUCCAUCAUCGGCCAGCACUGGGCGGCCCUCGGCAAGGCCAUCAGCAGGCAGACCGGCUGCGAGACUUUGGACAGGGGGAUCGACCUCACGGUCCCGCGCCAGCUGACCAAGGGCAGGACAAGCAACGCCCGACUGCUUGUGGUGGAAAGGCCGUUCUCCACCCGCACCGGCCAACUGGGCACGGCUCAGGUGACCUACCCCUUCGAAAGUCUCUGGCAGGUUGGGUCUGCGUGCGGCGUCCUGCCGCCGGGCACCACAGUGCCCCAGGCGAUUGCGCGCGUUUGCGCCCGCACCCGGGGGUUGCGUCAGCAGAAGUCGUUGGUGGUCAAUUGGCCGUGGUUGCAGGGGGGCGAUCGCCGAGAGAACGCCUCCCUGACGUGGGUCAGGAAGCAGGUGAAUGACGCGGCCGACCACCUCUGCCGGAAAGCGGCGGAUCGGGCCACGGCCCAAGCGGGACAAUGGUGCCCGGACGAGAUCGAUGACCUCGUUCGUGAGGUCACGCGGUUCCUGCAGCACAGGGCAUCCGUGCUGUUGGUCUCCCACGAGCAACCGCCGUGGGACCUGACCCCGCAAAGGAAGCCCAAACGCAGGAGGUUCCGCGCUGAAUUCGGGGAGGCCUCUCUCUGGAGGAAGCAGGUAAAUGACGCGGCCGACCACCUCUGCCGCAAAGCGGCGGCCAGGGCCACGGCCCAAGCGGGACAAUGGUGCCCGGACGAGAUCGAUGACCUCGUUCGUGAGGGGAUCGAGGCCCUCAUCAGGGAGGGUACCGGCGGGCACACGUGGGAGGCCCACCCCACAGCCAUCGCCUCCGCGGCAUGCUCGGUGUGCGGGCUGUACAUCAAGCAGCUCAUGCCCCUGUGGCGGUUCAACCGCGUAGCCGCCCACCAGUGUCGGCACAGGGAGACUCCGGCAGAGCUGGAAGUGCAUGGGCCAGGGCACUCUAAAGUCACGAUGACCCUCUCCAGCCAGUGUGAAAAUUUCCCGGAGGAUCAGCAGAAGCAAGUGCCGGCUUUUCAGUUACGGGACAUCCAGUCUUCCGAUGAGGAGUCGGGCGACAGCUCGGCGGAUGAAGGGCCACUGCUUGGGCCUGCGGAUGAGUUUCUCUUCGGUUCAUUGACGAACAUCCAGCAUGUGUUGGUUCGUGCUUCUGCAUCGAAAGGCCUCUCGAAAGCUCUCAUCAAGGUGGCAACCGAUGCGGGUUGGACUCUGUCCACUUUCCGCCAUGCGGCGGAUUCCCCAGCUGAUCUUGAGAAAGUGAUUCCAGACAUAUUUGGAUCUUCAGAGCUUUCCCGUCUUCAGAUUGCGCAAGUUCGAGCAGCGUGGGCUGGGUUGUCGAGCAGCGCAUCUUCGGCCCCGCCCGCAGUUCCCACAUCAGCUUCAGAGACUAGUUCUUGGGUAGAAACCUUCGCGCCAAAAAUCACAGCUUUGAAGCUUACGGAGUACAAGAAAGCCUUUCUUGCUGCAUACACGAGCGAGAUAUUGUCUCCAUGCUCAAUGCCUUCGCUUCGUCUGGUAUCUCUAGCUGCUCAUCAAGAAAGUAAGAAAGACUACAAGUGGAUUCCCUGGAAGCAUCGCAUGUCAGAAGAGAAAGCGGCCGAGCUUCAAUUGAGUAGGCCAGCCAAACAGCCGCGUUUGGAAGCGCUCGGCAUUUCCAGUUUGCUUCUUGAUGAGCCUCCCACGUUGGAGGUGGGCGAUAACUUCAUGGGGGUCAGUGCAGUGCAAAGGAUCUUAGCAAUCCACGAUGUUGCACUGGCCAUGGGGAUUUACGCUCUGGUUCUUGAGAAGGAUUGGAACUUGAACGAUGCAAUCUUCGAGUAUACCGAAAUCAGGGGCAUCAAGGGCAAAGGGCUUGGUCGCUUCAUGUCGGAACAUUGGAAGGGCUACAGCUUUGAAGGCAAAGGCAAAAGCCCCGGCAAGGAAAAAGGUCAAUGGCGAGACCAAACAAUUGUGCAUGCAGUGGCAAUCCGGGAAAUGCAGCAGGGGCCGGCUGGCUUCCUAGGACCGGUCAGGACCCGCUACGUCUUCAUGCGACACCUGCGAGUUCUCGACCUGCUUUUGCUUCCCCGUGCAGGGAACAGCUUUCACCAGCCAUUUUGGCAACACAACACUCAGCUUCGCUUUCAUCACCAUGCGUCACCGCUUCUGCUCCGGAGUUCGGAGGUGCUUCUUGCAGGGAAUCUUUUCCUGGCGUGGUGCCCGGGUGGGCCACCUUUCCCGCUUCGUACACCGGAAUACCUGGAUGGGGUGGACACGGUCAUGUUGAACAACCUCCAGGAGCAAUGUCCUGGGAAGAAAGUUGCCUACAGUCCUGGAUUCAUGAAUGCUCAGCCUCUCUGGUCUGGGUGGCUGCGUGCGGCUAUGGCCCUCACACUGGUGCCACGUAAGCCCAUGGAUCAGCUACCAUAUGCAGUUCAUGAUGGGGCCACUGCUUCCAUGAACGGCCCCUCCCGCCUGCUUCAGCGUCGCUAUGAGCCCAGCAAAGAACCGCUUUUCUCAGCUUCAGAGGGGGCACUUUCGAUUGACAUCAAAAGCGCUCAUAAGCGCUGCGUUGUCAAAGAUGCGGAACAAGGACUGCUUGGGUUCACAUGUGAGGAACCAGACGGGUCAAAUGCCCUCUAUUUCUAUCGCACAUGCCCAUUCGGAGCCACGUUUGCCCAGCACUGGUGGGGGCGACUCGGCUCAUGCAUCCUUCGCAUUCUUCAUAUUCUCAUCUACAUAGCCCACACAGGCCAUUUGUUUGUAGAUGACUAUCUCUUUUCUCAGGCGAUGUCCAUUCUUCCAGCAACGAGUGCCAUGAUUUGCAUGUUCAUGCAGAUCAUCGGUGUGCCUCUUUCCUGGCACAAACUGCAGAUUUCUGUUCGGGUCACUUGGAUAGGUUGGGACUUUCAGUACUCUGCCGGUAUUGUGUUGCUUAAAGAAUCAAAACGCUUGAAACUGCUGGGCAUGGUGCAAGAUUUGCGUAAAAACCCUCGCUUGACGAAAAAGGAUUUGGAACGCUUCAUUGGCUUAGCGCUGUGGGCUACAAGCCUUUUUCCGGUCAUGAAGAGCAUGCUGCAUACUUUUUAUCACGAUCUCUACAGCCCAGCUGCUACGAACUACAGCAUUCCGCCAGAGCGCUGGCAUGAAAUCGCUAGAUACUUGUCGCCGGAUCUGCUUUUCACAGUGACGCCGCCAGGAUGGGGCCUCCCGCUAAAGGCGGCAAGGGCCACGGAGGGCUCAAAGGAGGAGUCCGAGGAAAAGGCAAAGGAGGAGCUGGCACUGGUAAGCCCAGGACACCUGCGGCCCCUGUCGCCCAAGGAGGAGAUGGAGGCCGGGGAGUUGGAGGAGGAGCAGGCAGAUGAAACAAUGGGCAUGCCGGAUGGGGAGCCCACUUCCCCCGCGGACGAGGCGGAGGAAGAGGCGGAGGAUGGGAGACCGCCCCUGGGCGAGGGCGGCAGUGAACCCCUCACCUCCGACCCUGCAGCCAUGACGGCGGAGGCCGAGAGCCCGGCAGAGGUGAACCCACCGCCAAACCCUCUGCCGCCUCCAGAGUGGCUUUAUCGCCUUGAUGUGGAAUGUUAUCAGGCUGCCGGUACCGGGACACUCAACCUCCAGGGAACUCCUGGAAAGGUUGCACAUGCGCACGGGCCUCAACUUGGGGGCCCUGCGACUCCUUCCAGAGGAGACGACGGCACCGUUUCUGUGGGGGACGCUUUGUGCAUGAGGGUGCCGACUGCAACGGCCAAGCUGUAUGCCACCACGGUGGAGGGGUUCGAGCUGCAUCAGGACAGCACCCCCCCAGUGGUGAGCGUGGGCAUGCUCUGGUGUAUUGCAUGUCGUGUCCGGGCACCGAGCCCGGAACACAUGCAGGCACACCUCAUGACGGUGUCCCACGUGUUGGCCGUCGCGGAAUACCUCGCCUCUUUCAGGGAGCCCGCCUCGGGCUAG